CUUGACAGUGACUUUUAGUUUUGUAAACAAACAUGGCUGCCGAUAGUGACGAUUUCGAACAAAAUAUUGAAAAUCUGAAGGAAUCCGUGAAGAAAUCUUUCGCCCACAUAUAUUCAUCAAUAAAAGCAAGAGAACUCAAAACCCUACGGCAACUAGACGCGAUACGUAAACAAUGCCAAGAUAACAAAGACUUGCAGAGAAAUUGUAUUAAAAAUGUAAGUAUUUCCUACGAAAGCAAAAGUAUACUAUUAGAAAAUAUAAACAGAUUUGGUGAGAUAGACUUUGAGAAACUAAGUUUUGACAACAGUACUUUUCUAAUUGAAGAGUACGUAAGUCCAAAUGAUGACCACAUGUACUGCUAUAAAACUAUCGAAGAUUUAACUAUAGACAACGACGAAAACUUGGCAGCUAUUGAAGAGGCUGCACUGAAGCAGAUAACCGAUACGAGUGACUGUGUGUGUACUGUGAACAUUCAAAGUGAUGAAGUGUCGAAAAAGUUUCGCGAUACCAACUGUAUUCCUGCAAAUGCUGACUCGCCGUGUAGCAGCAAAGAUAACUCACUUUCAGAAAGUAAAGACAAAUCAACAAAUGCACUCAUAGAAGAAGAGAAUAGUGAGUGUUCCGAGGCUGAUUCAAAAAAGAUAGAUCCUACAGAUGAAUGGCUAAACUCAAUAAAGAAUCAGACUGAGACUGAACCGUCACAAGCUACUGAUGUGAUGGAACAUAGCACUAUUAAAUGCUUAUAAUAUUUUAUUUUAAUACUUAUAAAUGAGCCACUAUGAAAGUUAAAUAAAUUUUUAUUUUUGUAAUUCUCUAACAAAGUUUUUCAUUAAGGAGCCAGGGAAAAUGAGACAAUCAAUAAUAAGCAUCAACUUAUAUUUGUUAACACAUUUUUUUUACAAAUGGCGUUACUGAACACUUAAAAGUAAAAUGCAUUGUUUUCCGAUUAUAAUACCUAAUGAAUAAAUAUAA